AUGCGGCGAGGUGCUCCUGAGUGGUUUACGCGCGGCCCGGCGCGAGAUCGUUUUCACCGCCUUUGGCCGUGGGCGCUGAGCAGCACGUGUGCGGUGAUGUACUUUCUCAACCGCGAGCCGUUUGACGAGAUGGCGGGCACGGUGGUAACGAAGAUCCGCCGGCCGCUGCUCCGCACGAUGGAGUGGAUUGAACUCCACGACGUGGACCCCGAGACGAUGGCGCUUGAACUGCCGCCGGACGUUAUCUUCGGCCCCCUUGAGUUCCCGCAGCAAAUGCGAUUUCUCCUCGCCGCGCUGCGGGCCGACAAUGAACUCGCCGACGGCUAUCUUGCCCGCGUGUUGGUAGACCACAUGGAUCUCUCCCUCGAUCCACCUAUCCUGUCGGAGGCCGAUCUCCUUGCCGCGGGCGGGCGGGAUCUUCUUAACUUCGCCAUCGAUGACUUUUUAGGAGAAGGGUCAAGGAAGGCACGAAAACAUAUAUUUUUUAGACCGGACGAAUUUCUUCGCCUCAUCAAUUUUAUCGCCGUGUACCCAACUCUCACAGAUUACUUUGUUAACCAGCGUAAUGGAGUGGAUCUGGUUUUUCGAGCUUUAAAACAUAGUCGUGAUGAGUAUGCACGUGUUUUAGCUUUGAGAUCAGUUUGUCUGUUUUGUUUUACACAACGCAAUGAUGGUGAUGUGGAGCGCCGCAUUUUACAGGCUAAUGCCAUGAAACAAAUUGUAGAAGCGUACAAACAAAGCACUGGUGACCCAGCUGACACACGCUUUAUUACUUUGGUGAUAUCUUCUAUUUUACGUCACUACCCUAAAGAAGGUGGGAAAGAAUUUGUAGAUGCUGAUGGUGUAAAUGCUGCCGUACAAAAUUUAAAUAUUGCUCGUUAUAAAGGACUUCCACAACAUAUUCGAGUUCUUCAUGACGCACAGAAACUUCCAAAAGCUGCAGUCGGUACAAAAACAACAAAUAGUCGUAUUGAAGAUGCAGAUUUUAUUCCAGUAGCAAUGGGUGUAUUAGAUGCUUUCCCUGAGUUUUAUGAAACUGCCGGUGAUAUUUUACGUCUCUUAGAAGAUAUUGUUCCUUCAGAAACGACUCCAUUUAGCUUGCUAGAGUAUCGCGCAAUGCCAAUUCUUUCAAAAUUCUAUGUUCGUUGGAAAGAUGAUAACGUUUUCCAGACAGAUGGAACCCGCACACAAGUGGUGCGUUUAUUUAGGAUGAUGCUAGAUGACAAAACUUGUCAGCGGUGUUUUGAUCCAAGUGUUGCAUCCUAUGAGUUGCAGGAAUGUAUUCGGACGGCGAAAGAGGCAAUUCGGGUAGAGGAGAAUUCUGGACAACUCCAACAACAAAUGGCGGCUUGA